AUCGGCACGCUGUGAACGAGGCUUUAAAUCGAUAAUCGCAAAUCGCACGCAUCUACACACUGUCUACAUUGUGGCCGUAUUCCUUUGUCGGAUUAACGUCUCCACGUCGAGCGAAUCUCCUCGUUCUCGGCUCCUGUCUCCACGUGGUGUGGCAAGCCUCCGCAUCCUACGUUCAUCGUUCUCGAGGCGUCGAAUCUACACGUCGGGUGACACCGAAAGCACCAUCGUCCGCACCAUCUACCACUUAGAGCAAACGAAACAACAUGGCUGUUAACGUCUACGCCACAAAUAUGACAUCUGACAACCUCAGUCGCCACGAUAUGCUGGCAUGGGUAAACGACUGUCUACAAUCAUCUUUCACCAAAAUCGAAGAAUUAUGCACCGGAGCAGUUUACUGUCAAUUCAUGGACAUGCUCUUUCCGGGCAGCGUACCCUUGAAAAGAGUCAAAUUCAAGACCAAUCUGGAGCACGAGUAUAUACAGAAUUUCAAAAUUCUUCAAGGUGGUUUCAAAAAGAUGAAUGUGGAUAAGAUUGUGCCAAUUGAUAGGCUGGUGAAAGGCAGAUUCCAAGACAACUUUGAGUUUUUACAAUGGUUCAAGAAGUUCUUUGAUGCAAACUACUCGGGAGCAGAUUAUGAUGCGCUUACUAUGCGAGGCGGAGAGCCUAUGGGUAGCGGCGGAAAUAAUGCACCUCGUGGUGGUUCUAAUGCGAAACGUACUUCUCCACGUGAACCAGUAAAUUCGACUAAGCCUGCUCCUCGUACUACUGGUGAGGGACAUCCAUCUUCCAUGCGUCCAGAUAGUACAAACGUUUUAGUAAAUAAAGUCACACCACCGUACCGUGCGCAACCUAAAACCACCGUAAUCGGCAAUCGUGGUGAUACUGGAAAGAUUGAAGAACUUAAUGCACAGUUGGUUGAGAUGAAGAUGUCAAUCGAAGGCCUAGAAAAGGAGAGAGAUUUCUAUUUUGGAAAAUUACGUGACAUUGAAGUCAUGUGUCAAGAUUGCGACAAUGGCGGCGAUCCUCCACCUAUUGUACAGAAAAUUUUAGAAGUCCUUUAUGCAACAGAGGAUAUCCAGAAUUUAAUAGAACGGAAGACGGAUGCAAUGAAACUAUAAACGCCUUUUUUUAUAUGUUUGUAACAGGCGCGUUCUUUCUAAUAAGGAUGGUUUCGCGCCACCCGAGGAAUUGGAAGGGGAUGGGCUUGCGCCCGAUGAUGAGGAAGAAUAUUAACCUUUUUUAUUUACGGAUGUAAUCGAAAUGAAUAACAACAAAUUAUCCAAGUGCGUUUCGGUUUACUAUGCCUGCGAAUCAAUAUCAGAAUAUCCCUUGCAUAAUUAUUAAGCUACUUUAUAUCAACAAACUCAGCAGUUUUAAUGGAUUGUGUGUGUGCAUUUGUUUCGUUAAUAAAUGAAAUUCACCGAAAUCAAGAUUUGCACGACAUUAGGAUAGACAAAAGUCGAGUAGUGCACUUGAAUAACUUGUUCUAAUUGUUGAGAGGAUAAGAGUAAGAGAAAGAGAAGAAGAAAAUUAGAAAGAAAAUCAAUUAAUAAACUUUCACAAGUUACUACAUUUCCUUAUAGCGUUACGAUGUGGUAGAGUUUCUAAAAUUAAUGACAAAUUCUUAUAAAUUUAUGGGGAUAUCGAUAUCUAUUAAUGUUAUCUGCAUCCGCAUUGUUAUGUAGCGAUUUACGUUAAUUACACUUUUUUUUAAUGCGUGUUUUGUUUGUAAAUGUAUUAAGUUUGUAUCGAGAUAACGAGUCGCGCGAAGCUCCUUAUUCCCAUUCUCAUAGUUUAUCUUUGGAAAUCUAUUUGUAGUUAUCUACACAAUGUUAAUCCUGUUGAGAGACUCAACCCAGAGCUAUUCAAUCUUCGUUCGACUUGUUUUCUUUGUGCGGUGUGCUCUCUAAUGUGGCCGAUGUAUUCAGCGAUUUUAUGCUGAGGAAUAAACUUUUAUUCUGUCGGUAGAAAUUACUCUUGUAUAAAAAUCAUGUUAGUGAUUAAAAUUAAAUUUCGCUUAUCAACAUUCUACUCUACGUCUGGUCAACACAGAAGCUCUUGUGUAAUUGGUAGGGAUAUAAGGAUUAUGUAUUUUGAUUUUUCAAUAAAUGAAACCGUAUGCGCUUUGUGAAAGCAGGUUGCGAAAUAAAAUGGCACGCUUAUGCGCUCAAUAUUACUGAAUUGUAAAAAUUUGAAAGACUAAUUAAAGUUAAAACUUAUAUUGAGAAAAAUACUCGUCUAUAAAACGUUUAUUCCGUAUACAAAUCGACUUUAGAGAAAAAAUAAUCAUGUAUACAUCUCCAUGAAUCUGUCGAGAUGUGAAGAAUGGCCUUAAAAUGCGGUGAACUCUUGAGAUUCUGAGAAAAUAUUCUGAAUCGUACAAAGCAUUUCAAUAAAUGUCACCGAUUACGAUGCAGCUGUAUUCCAUUUUCAUAAAAAAAACAAAAUCUGUAAAAUUACACUAUUUGAGAGCAGACGCGAGUGAGAGGGACAACGUGCGAAAGAAGUAUGAUAUGUUUUGCGUGAAUGGUCAUGUGUUUUUAGCAUGUGUGUGUCUCUGUGUGUGUGUGUGUCUGUCUGUCUGUGUGUGUGUGUGCGCGCGCGCUUUCGACAUUAUUGAUUUCAAUUGUCGAGACAUUGAUCACGUAAGAGUAAGAUUAAUUCAAACGAAAGGAGCGUCAGUCAUAUUGUGAAUAAUAAUUGUCUGAUUAGAAUGUAAUUCGCACUACGUACUACUAAGUCUUGACUAAGUUUUAGCGAGGAGAAAGGAUACAGUGUUUGGCUUGUGCUCUGUUCAUCGCUCUGUAUGUGCGCAUAUGUGCUUCGAAAUUUAAAAUUUGCCGAUGUAAUAAACGUUUAAUAAAAUCGAUCCGAGACAGGGAGAAAUAGAA